GGGGGAUGAACGGGAGCAUGGAGCAGUCGCCGCCGCAGAAUAUCAUGCCCGGUCUGCACCGUGCACCAGUAGACCCCGGCUCGUUGCCGCCCGAAUACUGGAACAGCUUUGAGCCUUUGUAUACAAACCCCGACCCCCCACAUCAACAUUCGCACCCAUCCCAGCCGCCACAGCUUCAACAGAUCCAGCCGGCACCGCCGCAACAGCAACAUGCGACGCCAAUGGGAAUCAGCUGGGAUCACCCAAUGUUCAGUCAGACUCCUCAAUCCCGGAGUCCUCUGCCCACGCCCCAGGAACAGAACCGUGGCAUCUAUACGUCGGCAACUCCCCAAUCGUGGCGAACGAACCCUUUGCAAUCGCAACAAAUAAUACAUCCCGCACCGCAGACAUAUUCCAUGAACCAGCAAUAUCGUCAGGCGCAAUUUCCUCAUGCGCAACCUGCGUUUGAUUCACAGCCACUCCCCUCGUCCGACAACUCACACUUCCAGUCAUACACCUUCCCCCGUGGCUACUAUCCUCCUCAGAAUCUCUCGGUACCAGAUGUCUUUCCUCAGUCUCACUCUCCUCGGCCCACUCAAGCGCAGGCCCAGCCAACACAAUAUCGAUCGGACUCCCAUCAGCACCAAGUCCCUCAGUACACACUUCCUGCGGGCUAUCCGGAGGGGACCACUCAUAUUCCGAUUAAUUUCGCUGCUGGGUACGGACAGUCCACUCCAACUGUCUCUGAGCAGACCAUCAAUCCACAAUUCUUGAACUCGCCGCAACAAGCCGCUAGCCAGCAAGCAUCCCUUCAUAAUAAUUUGAUGUACAUGAACCCUGCGGACUUCGAGCGUCCUGAAGAUCCAAAGUUGUACACUUUCUUCCGGGAUGACUUGCAAGUUCCACCAAUUUUGGGCCAAGGUCAAGGUCAGGGACAACCACAGCCACAGCCACAGCAUAAACCCCAGCCUCAGCAUCAGCCCAUUGCACGGAACCAACCAAUUGCCCCAACCACGCAAUAUGAGUUCAUCGUGCCCUUGAAUGGUCAAGACACAGUCACCCCCGUUGCACCAGUUAAAGCAGCAAAACCUAAGAAACAACCCAGUGUGAAGAAACAGUCGCAGCCCAAAAAGCCCACAAUGAAAGGGGGGAGCAAGAAGCUGGAUGGACAGUCGGCCUCUUCUAGUUCUGAAUCAGAUAGCUCUGAUGAGUCGGAUCUUGAGAUCCAGGAGCCUGAAGAGGUAUCUCCACUACCACCCACUCGUCCUAGCGAACCCGAGGCUGCUGCGCGGUAUGACGCGCUCAAAGCUGUGUGGUCUCCACGUAAUAGGCACCCCAAUGUUGACAAGGUCAAGAGUGCACUGGUUGCGUUCAAAGAUGUUGUCAAAGCCGUAAGAGAUGCGUGGAAAGAAAGCAGCCAAGCCAUGAAGGUGGCAGAAAACAAGGGUGAUAAUGACAAAGCAGCGCAACUAAAGAAGAAUGUGGUCCUUCAGCGGCGCCUUAUGGACGUCGUCAUCAGCACCACCCAGGAGCAAGGUCACCCAGUCAUUGUCGAGAAGUUGGGUGAGCAUCCAAUGGCUGUAGCUGCCCUGUAUUCAUUUUUGCUGGAUCGCCACCAGGCUUCUGACAUUGAUGGUACUUUGACGGUGAAUAUACUCAAGUUGCUUUCCCGAUUCGUGACAAUGGAUGAAGAUGUUCUUCAGAAAACGAACGUUGCCAAGUUGCUGCCUAGAUUCGUCAAGAAGGGCGGACCGACAGUGAAAGAGCUGGCUCAAAAGAUCAUGGACAAUGCCGCUGCCUCGACGAAACGUAAACUAGAGGCGGGAAAAUCCGCGUCAAAGGACGGUUCACCUAAAACUUCAGUGUCUGACGGGUCUGUCCCAGAUGGACGUGGUGGUGAGGCUACUGGAUCCAAGAGGCCUCGAGAAGGUGAAGGGAAUGGGCAGCCAGCAACUAAGCGAAUGGUUGUCACUGCAAACCCCAAACCGGCAGCAAAACCAAACAGCACUGUGGUUUCUGGUGUCAGCAAACGGCCGCAGGAGGUAGGACAAGAUAACAAACCAGCUGCAGCCAAUGCAGCCCGCCCCAAGGCCAACAUUAUUGCACCGAAGCCUACCAGCCUCUUUGGUAGUUUGAGCUCGGCCUCUAAAAGACCUGGAACAUCGAACGCAGAACGAGCGGCGGCCGCGGCGGCCGCAGCGAAAGCAAGUAAUCCUGCGGAAAAGAAAGAAUCCCAACCCCCGCCCCCAAGACCUACUUUCUCUUUUGGGGAUUUGAUGGCAGAUUUGAACAAGCAAAAGGAUCCUGCUCCUGCACAGCCUGCGGAGGAUAGACCCCCUGAGACCGAAGAAGAACGGAAGAAGAGGUUGCGUAAGGAGGCGCGCCGGAAGUUGCGUGUUACAUGGAAGCCUGAUGCGUCCCUAACCGAAGUUCGUCUAUUUACACAUGAUCCCGAAGAAGAACUUGGCCCUGGCGAUCACCUGGGAGAUGUCAAGGGUGAAGGCAGUGUGCUCAAACUUCACCGAGACCUCGACGAACUUGAGGAGGAAGAUGACGGUGGCAUCCGUGAGGAGCAAUUGUCCGACUAUUAUGAGCCUUCAGAAAUCGACAACGGCGACAUCGCACCCGACGAUCGCUCGCGAAACUACAUCAAGCGCGGCGGCACUGCAGAGCCGACUAGUCCUGAAAAGAAUGCUCAGGAGCAUCGGGAGGCCACAACGCUCAUGGUCUUCUACACCUCGCCGGCAGACGUACCGUCAACACCAAAGGAACCUCCCCCAGCGGAUGCGGAAGACACCGCACCUGAAGUUGUGUCAUUUGGGGAACUACCGGACCAUGUUAAGGCACGGCAAGAUCGAUACUUCGCGAUGGUCAACCCUCAGCCAGCGCCAGCUCCCCAGAGCGCACCGAACGCGCCAUUCGAUAUUUCGAAUUUGCUCAAGAUCAUACAAAGCGCGCCUCAGCAACAAUCCACUCCACCACUACCUCAACCCCAAGUCGCCCAAGCACCUAUGUCUGACCUUGAGCGAACCUUCAGCAUGUUCCGCCAGCAGCAGCAGCAGCAACCGCCCCCGCCUCCGCAGGCACCACUACUGCAACUGCCCCAGUUCCCACCGGCUUCUCAGCCUCCAGGUGCUCAGGGUGUAGAUUUCCAGGGACUUUUGUCGAUCUUCAAUGCUCAAAAGCAGAUGCAACCUGCACCCAUUGUACCGCAGGCCCAGCCAUCGCAACCUAGCAUCGCUCCUAAUCUGGCCGCCAUUAUUUCUCAGUUAACUGGUCAAAACCAAUCGGCUGCGGCCAAUGGACAUCCGCCGCCAGGCCACUACGAGGAUCCGGAGCGGAAGCGCAUACGUGAAACCGGCGGAUAUGACGGAAACGACGAUGAAAGGUUCAAUUCUAAACGAAGCAGGUCAAAUGAGCCGAACAAGAAGCAUCCCAAAGCAGGAUUGGUUCCCUGUCGGUACUGGCGAGAAGGCAAGUGCCGCAAAGGCGACGAAUGCACGUUCCGUCAUGAUCCAUUGGACUGACGCUUCUCUUUCUCUUCUCCUGAUACCCCUCUUGGUUCUCAUUCAUUUAUACACUUCUGUAAUUGACAUUCUCGCAU